UUUAUCUGGAAAUGCACACGAACCUGCCCAGUCUAGAAGAGUGAUAAUUUCUCAUAACAUGGAUAAAGCUUUGAAAGAAGUAUUUGACUACACCUAUAGAGAUUACAUUUUGUCCUGGUAUGGACACCUCAGCCGAGAUGAGGGCCGGCUGUACCACCUGCUCUCCGAAGACUUCUGGGAGGUUGCCAAGCAGCUGCGACAGAGGCUUAGUAACAUUGAUGUAGUUAAAGUUGUCUGCCAUGAUGUAGUGAAAGCUUUGCUCACCCACUUCUGUGACCUUAAAGUGGCCAACUCCAGACUGGAAGAGCAGCCACGACCAUUUUUACUACACCCAUGUUUGAAGGAUACUAAUGAGGAAGUACGAUUCCUGAAAGCAUGUUCUCAGAUCCUGGUAUAUUGUCUUUUACCCUCAAAGGAUGCCCAGUCCCUCAGCUUGCGCAUAAUCCUUGCAGAAAUACUUGCAUCAAAAGUGCUGAAGCCAGUGGUAGAGUUGCUGAGUGAUCCUGACUACAUCAAUCAAAUGCUGCUGGCUCAAAUGGAGUACAGAGAACAGGUGAAUGAGCGUCACAAGAGGGCCUACACGUACGCCCCUUCUUACGAAGAGUUCAUCAAGCUCAUUAACAGCAACUCCGAUGUCGAGUUCCUCAAACAACUAAGGUAUCAGAUUGUAGUAGAAAUAGUUCAAGCAACCACUAUCGGUAGCUUUCCACAAAUGAAAAGGCAGAAAGAAAGCAAAGGUAAAGAGACUGCUGCAAUGAAAGCAGACCAUCUGAGGGCCCGAAACAUGAAGAGAUAUAUUAAUCAACUAACAGUAGCAAAAAAGCAAUGUGAAAAGCGAAUAAGACUUCUGGGAGGUCCUGCUUAUGACCAGCAGGAAGAUGGGACCUUUGAAGAUGGUGAUGGUCCUCAGAACCAGAAGAUUCUUCAAUUUGAGGAUAUUUUGUAUAACCCAUCCUAUAGAGAGCACUUUCGAAUUUAUAUGGAAAGAAUGGAUAAGAGGGUUCUGAUCAGCCUCUGGGAAUCCGUAGAAUACUUGAAAAAUGCUAAUAAGGCAGAAAUACCUCAGCUUGUGAGUCAAAUCUAUCAAGAUUUCUUCGUGGAAAGCAGAGAAAUUCCUGUGGAAAAGUCACUUUACAAAGAGAUACAGCAGAGCCUUGUGGGUAACAAAGGCAUCGAAGUGUUUUACAAAAUUCAGACUGAUGUCUAUGAAACUCUAAAGGACAGGUAUUACCCCUCAUUCAUUGUCAGUGACUUGUAUGAGAGGUUGAUCAAGAAAGAAGAGGAGAGGAGUUCUGUCCAGAUAACAUCUGAUGAUAAAGAUGAAGUGAGCCAAAUUUGUGAUGAAGUUAUCGAUGAAGGCAGCUCAGGAAUAAACGAGCAGGCGAGUUACGCCAUGAAUAAGCUACGCCAAUUAAAUGACAAACUCGAAUAUAAAAGACAAGCUCUGAAUUCCCUCCGCAGCUCACCAAAACCUGACAGAAAGAUUGUUUCUAAACUGAAGGAUGAAAUCACAUUGAUGGAGAGAGAACACAGUGACCUUCAAUUACACAUUGAAAGAACAGAUUGGUGGUGUGAAAAUUUUGGCAUGUGGAAAGCCUCCAUAAACACUAGCGAAGUCAUAGAAGAAAAUGGUGAACAAGUGCCCUGUUAUUCUGUUAUGGUGGGUUUGCAAGAGAUUGGCCAUGCUGAAGCUAAAGAAUGGUUGGUCCACCGGAAGCUCAGUGAAUUUCAAAGCCUACAUCGGAAACUCAGUGAGUGUUUCCCAUCAUUAAAGAAAACUCAGUUGCCUUCACUCAGCAAGCUGCCCUUUAAAUCUGUAGACCAUAAAUUCAUGGAGAAGUCCAAGAACCAGUUAAAUAACUUCUUACAAAAACUGCUUUCUAAUGAAAGGCUUUGUCAGAGUGAAGCACUUUAUGCCUUUUUGAGCCCUUCGCCUGAACACCUCAAAGUUAUCGACAUACAGGGAAAGAAAUCUUCUUUUUCGAUCUCUUCUUUUUUGGAGAGACUUCCUGGGGAUUUCUUUUCUCAUCAGGAGGAGGAGACUGAAGAUGAUGAUGAUCUCUCUGACGAUGGGGAAGAUGUGGAUGGGAAAAGGGAUGCCCUUGCUGAGCCUUGCUUUAUGCUGAUAGGGGAAAUUUUUGAGCUGCGAGGAAUGUUUAAGUGGGUCAGGAAGACACUAAUUGCACUAGUUCAAGUUACUUUUGGAAGAACUAUCAACAAGCAAAUUCGUGACACUGUAAAUUGGAUCUUCAGUGAACCGAUGCUUGUAUACUACAUUAAUAUAUUCCGAGAUGCUUUUUGGCCAAAUGGGAAAUUGGCGUCCAGCACAAAGCCCAGAAGUGAAGAGCAAGGCCAGGAGACGAAAGAGAAAGCACAGCAAAAAUUACUUGAAAACAUUCCAGACACGCUACAGAGUCUUGUUGGACAGCAAAAUGCCCGCCAUGGUGUCAUCAAAGUAUUCAACGCACUUCAAGAAACCAAGGCCAAUAAGCAUCUUCUCUAUGUAUUAUUGGAAUUGCUGCUAAUUGAACUGUGUCCUGAGUUAAGAACUCAUCUAGAGCAGCUUAAAGCUGCUCAGGUUUGA